GAGCGUUCAGUGUAGUCUUUUCGGCGGGUUUGAAGUUAACCCUAAAAAUGAGGUUUCUCACGCGUUCAAAAUGCAUCUUUGGACGCUGGUGUGCUUAACCUGACCACAGAGAAUCGUCGCCUCAUUCUACGAAUUGUGAAAAUGGCCGAUCCGUUUGCCUACUCCCUUGCGAAUUUGCCCACGCCGAAGAUAGAGAAACGGUCAAGCCGUUUCAGCAACAGGAGUGCAUCGUUCCAACGGACUCCAGGCAAUCUCUCAUCUUCCUCAGUGUUGGACAGGACGUUACAAAGUGGAAAGAAACCUUACAGUGUAGUACUUAGGACGGACACAUUCCUAAACAACACGACGGUGCACGGUGGACUUUAUGGUGACACUACGAUGGCUCAGGACGUGGACGUAACACAAUUUACCGGUGCAACACUAGCAUCGGAGCAUCCUGCGGUUGCAGCCACGGCGGGAAUAUACGCCGAUUUCAUGGAGGCGUACCGGUCGUGUCCAAAUGACUCGCCGGUUGAUCUUCUUGAUAACUACGAACGUAUUUGCGACACCUACUUACGAAGAUUACAGAAAGUAGCAGACCAUGCGCCUUCGAAGGCGGGCAAAGCCGUAGCCUGCUCCAAACUGCUCAGCGAAGAGAAAAACACCUGGCAGUUGACCAAGAUCCUCAUGCGUGACCGACUGGAGGCUGAACCUGACGUCGAGACUAUGCUUAUGGACACUGAUGUCAGAAAAACGAGCGACAAGGAUAUUGUAGAUGCCCUCUUCGCGAGAGACUCUGCUGUUAGGCGAGCACAGAUGGUCGUCGACUGGCUGGAAAGCUGCGCUGCGUACGAGCACGACGAAGAACCGGACGACUGUGCUCGUAUGGAGUACUUUUCUGAUGGAGGAUGUGCGUGGGAAAACACCUUGUACAUGUUGCAGGCUCGGAAGGUGGCACCCGCUGCUGCUGACGGACGAGUGACAGAACUUGACCCAGACGCGCCUUCACGUCAACAACUGGCCCUCACAGAUGAAGACAGUAAAGACGAGGCACGCCUGCUACGAAGCGUCUUCAGACACCUGCGACAAGGUCAGCUGCAGAAAGCCCAGCAACUAGCCAUUGACCAGGGGUAUCACUGGCUUGCGGCCGCCUUGGAAGGUUGGCGACCGCCCCACGAUCCCAACACCGGCGGGUUCCUCAACGGGAGCACGUCGAUGCAACCAACGGAAGGGAACGCGUACCGGGAUCUUUGGAAAUCACAGUGCUGGAUGGCUUCAGCUUCGAGUGGGACGGGGACCUACGAGCGAGCGAUAUAUGCCGCGCUCUGCGGGAACCUCCAGGAACUACUUCCGGUGUGCCUCAGCUGGAAAGACCACCUGUGGGCUCGCCUCCGAGCGCUAGUUGACAUCGGCAUCGAGCAGGAGCUCCGAGUGGCGACGCAGCAGGUGCGCCAGAUGGAACCAUUGCCAAAAAAUUACCCCGCAGGGCGCGGAAGCUUGGUGCAGGUGUUUGAAAGUUUGAGUGCCACACCCAAUGCUCAGGUGCAAAAGCAGGGAGAGUUUUACUACAGUGUUGUGCAGCGUUGCAUCAUCCUGGACGACACUUACAGUCUCAUGGAAGAAAUGCACGAGUGGUCCACGCAGCAGCAGAGCAGGCAUCUGGUGCGGUUCAUGGCCCACAUGGCCCUUGCGCUGCGGAGUGCGGGGUACGCCCUGGACGAUGCCGCGUUCAACGCCGUGCUGCGGGCAUACGUGAAAGACUUGAUCCGCGAAAAGUGCGUGCCUGUGGUGGCAACGUACGUCGCGGCGCUUCCCCCUGGUGAGCAGGUGGAGCACUACGCAUACAUGCUUGAGGAACUGAAGGUACAGGAUUCGGCCGAGCAGGAACGGUGCUUGGAGUGGGCGCGCGACGCCGGCCUGGACGUUCCAGCCAUCACGCGCACCCUGGUGGAACACGUGCGCACGGCCGACGCCGAGACCGACCCCGGCGCCACGACGCCUUCCUUGGAAGUGACGCCGGAAGACCGCGAGAAGAUUUCCUCCCUGGACUGGCUGCUCUUCGACGUGGAGAUGCGAGGCGAAGCCCUCUGCCAGGCGAACGCGCUCAUGCGGGACUUCAUCCUGCGCGGGAAUGUAAAGGCGGCGAGAGAGGCGUCGGAGAAGCUUCCGCCAGACACGGUGCAGGUGGCCGCGUCCUCGAGACAGAGGGUCGGCUCGGAGGCAGAGAGGAACGUUCGCGAGUACUUCUGCUUGUGCGCGUACCUUCAAGCGCAGCAGAGCUUCCAGAACUGGUUUUCGCGGUUCCACCACCACAAACCCCAGCCCGUCGGAGAGCCACCGGUGGGAGCAAAGUUCUCGGAAAUGGUGGCGUACGAACACAAAGUACGGAAUCACAGCAUCGAAACGGACAAGUGGCGGGACGCCGUCGCGCGUCAAGCGAGGGAGGUGUCGAAGAACGUCUACAAUGUCCUGCUCUUUGUGGACGGUGGCUGGAUGGUGGACGUGCAGGCGGGGGGCGGCGACGAGGGACGGCAGCGGCAGAUGAGCGCGCUGCGGAAACUCUGCAUUCCGAGCCUGACCUUCCUGCUGCACGAAGCGUUGCACGCGUCAGGCAUGUUGAGAGAGUGCAUGGCCAUCGCCGACGUGAUUGCGUCGGAAAGGCACAAACUGUACGCGGAGUUUGGUCGACAGGAACUCUACACGCUCCUCAGCCGGAUACGAGAUUCGUCGUUGAAGUUGCUGGACAGCGGUUGUGACGCGUUGGGAUACGCGGUCGAGUAGCGUCGGAGCAUGCGGAUGCUCGUUGAACAUUGAAAGCGUUUACGCUGCCGAGUCGUUACCACCCACCUUCUGGUUGCCGAGUUUGCUCAACACCGUGUAAUUAGUGCGCUUUUAAUUUGGGCAACCCAACAAGAAAUUUAUAGCGAAUUUAUGUUGGCCGCAACGAAGAACGUAGGUGGUUUCAAGGAAGCUAGCACUGCCAUUCUCUAACAAGUUUAACUGCAGUUAUGCGAGAUAUUUUGUACUUAGGUUUGUCGCAAGAAGAAAAAAAAAAGCGUCUUUUUAAAGUUGUUUGUUGUUUUGUUCAUUUGGUUGAUAAUCUGUAAAAACCUUGUGGGACUGUUGAUGCUCUAGCUGCGUGAACUGAAUGAAAUGAUGGCCAAUAGAAAUGGAGUUAAUAAAGUGACAUUUUGUACA